GCGCGCCUCCGACCCUGCCGGGCAGCUUUGUGACUUCACUCUUUCGCAACAAGCCCGGGCCUCCGGCGCCCCACUCACCCUGGCCCGGCCGCCUCGCCGCCCGCCGCCUCGCUCUGCUCUUCGCGCUUCCCCCCACUCCCAGGCUGGGCCUGCCCCGCUCGUCGCGGAGCCUUCCUGUCCCGCCGCCAGUGUGCCCGGCCGCCGCCCACAGGCAGCCCGGAGCAACCUGGAGCGACCCGGUGCCCCGCCCCGCUGAGAAAAGCGCUCUCUCCGCAGAGGCGACGGCACGAUGCUGUGCUUCCUCAGGGGAAUGGCUUUCCUCCCCUUCCUCUUGGUGACCUGGUUGUCAGCCGCCUUCAUCAUCUCCUAUAUGGUGGCCUUGCUCUCCGGGCACGUCAACCCCUUCGUCCCCUACAUCAGUGUUACAGGAACAAAAUCUCCAGAGGGAGUUAUUUUUGGAAUUAUGAUAACCUUCUCUGCAUUUCUUGCUGCAGCCACAAUUUAUACAAGAUAUAAAAUAGUAGAGAAGCAGAAUCGAACCUACUAUUUCAGCACUCCUGCUCUUAACUUGGUGUCUUUCUUUCUUGGAUUGUUGGGAUGUAUUGGAAUGGUUGUUUUUCCCUGUUUUGAGGAUUACGAAUAUCAUGUAGUGAGUGCGAUCUGUGAAUGGACAGUGGCCUUCGGUUUUAUUUUCUACUUCCUAACGUUCAUCCAAGAUUUCCAGAGUUUCACCGUAAAAGAUCCCAUAGCAUGCAUUGAUGACAUUUGAAGAAAGAAGAAUUGGACCUCACUCAGUGAAGGUUGCAGGCUAUUUCUAGAAGUGCCACAGAGGAUAGACAGAGUGUUGAUGCCACCCUGAUUA